AUGAGGAGCUUACUAGUGUGUUGCAUAGCGUUAGCGGCACUAACCUAUGUUAGCUGCCGAAUCACACGUGAAAAACGCGAUGCUGAUCUUGAGGUAGCGGCCAGCGGCGGUGGCGGCAAGUGGGAUAAAGGUGGCGGUCACGAACACCAUGCUCAUCAUCACCAUGACCACGGUGAAAAAGGUCAUAAAGGCUACAAAGGACAUCAUCACCAUGAGCACGGCAAAAAGGGCCACCACCAUCAUGAGGGUCAUAAGGGACAUCACGACGAACACGGUGGUCAUAAGAAGCACCAUCAUCAUGACGAUGGACAUCAUCAUGAACAUCAUCAUGGCGAAAAGGGUCACAAAGGCCAUGGACACCAUGAGGAAGGUCACUACCACAAAGGGCACUCUACUAAGGGGCAUCACGGUGUUCAUAAACACGACGAGUUCAAAAAGGAAAAGCAUUUCCACGACCACCAUCAUGACGGCGGUCAUCACGAACACCACGGAGGACAUCACGAAGAACAUGGACACAAGAAAGGAGGCGGCUUCCACAAGGGUCACAAGCACGGUGGCCAUCACCACCAUGAGCACGGCAAAAAGGGCCAUCACGAGAAGGGAGGACAUCAUCAUGACCAUAAGGGACAUCAUGAUGAAGGUGGUCAUCAUGAGCAUCACCAUCACCAUCACGAUCAUGGAAAGAAGGGAGGUCACGAAGAUCACAAGCACUGGGGCCACAAGAAGGGACAUUAA